ACCAGUCUGGUUGUAGUUGUGUCUGGAGGCUGAAUUCAUAGAGAACUACAGAAAUAAUGAGGCUUCUGAAGGAAACUCUGAGGUUCCUGUUACUCUGGGCCUGUCUGCACUCUGUGACCACCUCAAGUAGCUGCUUGUUACUUACCUGCAGUAAAUCUCACCGUGUCAGCAGCCUUAAUGGAGGCGACCCGGGCUACCCCCUCUACCUUACUCCUUACCUGGAGAAGGGCGCCAUAGAGGAAGCUCGCAAACUGAGUCUGGUAGGAACCCUGCCAGGAGCCAAUGUCAAGAGUUACGCUGGAUACCUCACAGUCAACAAGACAUGCAACAGCAACCUCUUCUUUUGGUUCUUCCCUGCACACAUGGUAGGCUCAGCUUCUUCUUCACAGCAGGGGAUUUCUAAACUCUGGUGUUAG